GAGCGGUAUUCUGAACCAAACAAUUUAUCCCCAUAGUCUGGUCAACACGUGUUUACCAAAUUUAUAACUUGUAACAUUUAAUUUGAAUACUCAAAAAUUUUCAUAAAAUAAUUCUAAAAAUUGUGUGCUGUUUUUGUUUGGUGAAUUAUCGGACUUAGAUGAGGUUGUUUUUAAUCUAAACGAUCGCAAAUCGCUCAGCGUAACGAACCGUGAAGAAACUCUUAACAGUAAUUUGUGUAGUUCGUGGCGAAGGAUGGUUUAGAAAGGGAAAAUUGAAAUUAAAUUGUUCGGAGAACUUCUCCGAACUGACCAAAUCGGAGUUUCAGAUUCCGCAUUAGAAUGCAAACCAAGAAUGUUAAUAUCGAUAGGGCGCCGGCUAAUCAACAACAAGAAGGAGGAGGAGGAAAAUUGAGUAAAAUGCCAGAAAUUAGAGAGAAAUCGUGGUUAAUUGGACAACGACCGGAAAUACAAGAAGAAGAUGCUCCUCCGGUUCCGCCAAGAGGACCGCUUAUUUUCGCACCCAUUCCUUUAUUACCCAAACAAGCAGUUGAGGUGGAUGGUUAUGGGCCAUAUAAGCCUGUGCCGCCUCCAAAGCCUCUGCCACAGCAGCCGUCAACUUGUCUUACUCCUCCUCCUUACAGGAUGCCCCCUUACCCCCUGUACAACGAGCCUAACAUCCCUGGGGCAACGGCGAACGCCAGUUUGGACGCACCUGUCGCGAUAUCAUCACCUGCCACACCACAAAACCUGCAAACACAUUCAAGCAAGUUCCCGAUUGAAAGGGAAGUGAUUUUAUCAAGCGGAGAUAAAAACUCAAAGAUCCCGAUUUUACACGACUACAUGAAGAAAUCGAAAGGAACAAUAGCACCGGACGUUCCACCUAAACAAAUGCAAGCUUGGAGUCAGGGAUCCCAACAACAACCGCAGGUUUUAAGUCCCGAUCAGAAUCAUUCUGGACAUGUCCAAUCAGGUCAAUCUAAUCAGCCCCUUCAAAAUUCGGAAGCUUCAGCUUCUUUGUACAGAGCAACUUAUCUUUCUGGGCAAGAAUACUACAAUGGACAAGCUUCAACGGGUGCGGUACCAAGAUCUGGUUGGCACGGGGAAAAAUCAUCUGGAAGAGCAUAUCAGACUGAGGAAUAUGUUGGUUCAACCCAAACCGUUAUUCAAAUUGACUCCAAAGAUUCCCAAAAAGAUUCUAAUAAAAACGGAAAAGGAAUGACAAAAACUUACCACACCAUUAAAGACAUCAUUUCGAGUAAAUUCAAAAGUAAUAAAGAAUCGGAAGAUAAACUCGAUGAAGGGCUGAAUAAUAUUGCUGAUGAGAUGAAAAAAAAUUCGAGGAUAGAAGAAGAUGAUGGAAGAACUAAAAAGACAGCGGGGGAGCAAGGGAUAUACGGGAAACCAUCAUCAUUGUCUAUGCAGCAUCAAUAUAACCAACAUAUCAUCCAACAACAUAUGAUAGCCUUCCAAAAUCAACAGCAAUACCAACAGUACAAGAACCAAAACAUAAUGUAUAACCAACAACAACUUAUGCAAGCUCGAUCUCAAGAGAUGUUAGCACCCCGACCGGAAGAUUUUUACCAAAGCCCCUAUACAAGAUCAAGAAUGCCCCAAAACCAACAAGGUUACAUCACGAUGCAUCAACCGUUAGUAAAAGAAAGAUGCGUCGAUGAUAGAAGGGCCGUUCCAGAACAAAGAAGUGCCCAACAAAUCGAACGAGAUAAACAAAAAAGUUUAGAAACGAGACGAGCCGCUUCCCACCCCCAAUUAGCUUACGACGAAGAAGAAAAUACAAACGAUAACAAACCUCAACCACAAGCAACCAUCCAAUCAGUUCCGAUUCGAAGAGGAUCCCACGGAAACAUCAUGGAAGUCCAACAAGAAGAAAAAGACAGCGACGAUGGGGGAUUUUUAAACAGAAAAAAUUCGAGAGAGAGACGCCCAGAAACAACGGAAGAAAAUCAAAAUAACUCAACCGAACCCGAAGAAAAACCGGCUCUAAGCGGAACCCCACGAAAAAAACUUGAAGGUGAAAUCGGAAAAAUCGAAGGGGUAUACAACGUUGGCCAAAGAACCAAAAUAACCGGCGAGGAUGAUAUUAGAAAUCUCAGGAAGCAAAACGCUGGGUCCGGGGCAAGUUCUGAUUAUGACAAACCAGGUCAAUCUUCGUCCAAUGCUGAUUCAGGAAGAGGUUCGGCCGCUUAUAGUAGCGGAAGACGACCUGGUGUUGACACCAGUAACGAAUCAGAACCCCCACAUACCUCUAAUUAUAGAGAUAAUCAACCUCACGAUCCCGAAUGGGUCGAUAUUGUUGAAAAUGAACUUAGGCAUAUCUUAGAACCAAAAUUACACGAAUUAUCUUUACAUGGAAAUAAUAUCGCCAAUUCCACACUUAGCGAAAGUAUCUCAUCAAUAACCCCACCAUUACCGCCGUUAUCACCUGGUGAACAAUCAUCUCCUAAUGUAACACCAAGAAAUUCGACUCGAUAUAAACAUUCGAGUCUUCCAUAUGGGAGUAAACCAGAUUAUGAUAUUUAUAAAUCAAAGAUGCAUGCAGGAGCUAUGAAUGGGAAUAGGUGGCAUCAAGGUAGUUCCCAAAAACACCGAUCAACAAAGAAAGUUAUUGAUCAUAAUGCGAUGAUGAGAACUAAACAAAGUAAGAAAUUUUUUAAUCAAAUAUCUUUUAAUAACACUGUGGAACCUGAUUUUCGGGGUUAUUGUCUGGGGGGUGAGAAAUUCCAAAUCAGGAUGAAAGUACUUGGCCAGUAUAGUAAAACCUCCAAAGGGUUUGGCGUUCUCAGGCCAAACUUUUUUUUAUGACCUUUUAUAUUUUUUUCCUUAUCUUGAUGUUUGUUUGCUUAGUUUUUCAGUUAUAACUCAAGAAUCAUUGAUGAUUUCUCAUUUCAUUCUUCAGCAAAGACUAAGGUUUAGGUAAGGCUUAAAUAAAUAAUUUUCAUUAAUAUAUCCAUGUAAAAAAUUAAGUUGGACUAAUUUUAU